AUGAAAAAGAUAACUGUUUUUAUUCGAGACGGAGAAACUACGAUCAAAUUACAUAGACCGUUAGUUCUAACACCCACGUCUAAACUUUACGUGAAAACAGCCGCUGUGUUUUGGACGUACGAAAAUAUCCGUAAAGGCGACAAUAAUUAUUUUUCCGUCGACAAGAAAAAAGUGGUGUUGAAAAAUGGAUACUGGACGUUUAAACAAUUACGUCAAAGUUAGAGAGUCACGGUCUCGUCGUCGAAGAUUUUCCAGACGGACGUAUACGGAUCGGAUUUGGAAAAAGUAUCAAAUCUUUUAAUCCGUGGAAACUCGGUCUUCUGUUAGGAUAUACUACAUUUUCGGAAUUACAUCCGGGUCAACAUCCCGUGGAUAUUCACGAAGGAUUACGUUACGUGACGAUCGGUUGUAAUCUAGUCAACCGAUCACAAAAUAUAGAUCCCGACGGAUAUCCCAGCAAUAUCGUGUCGUCACUUCCCAUCGACGGAACGAAACCUUUAUUCGGGACAACGACCAAAUAUAACGAUAUCGAAAGUGAAGUGCAGGCAGAUGCAGGAAUUUAUCACGAACUUCAUUUCGAUGUGAAAUCUAACGUCGACGGAAUCAUGCCUGGAAAUAUUUUGAUAGAAUUUUAUAUCGUCUAAGAAUAAAUGGAAAAGGAAGAACAGAUUUUUCGUGACUAUUACGGAAAAAAUUAUGAGAAGGUUCGAAAAGCUUAUCCUUUAGAAAUCCAGAAACUCAAAACUAAUUUUCUUAAAAAAUAUCCGAACGCCACAAUAUCCAGGUUUGAAUUUAGCGUGACGUUUGCAAAAGAUGGAACGUUAAGUUCGACAGAUAUUUCAUUUAACGUGGAUGAAUUAUCAGGUUAUGAUAUUACAUCCGAGACGUUCUUACAGAAUCCGGAAUGGACCAAAUAUUUAUACUGGAAAGAUGGAUGGCGAAAUGUUGCAUCCGAUAUGAUAUUCCGUCCGAAUCCAGACUUUGCCGUAAAUUUUCAUACGUUCCCUAUUUACGUUUCAGAAACAGAUUCUUUUCCCGUGGACUUAGAAUAUACGAUACCCGAGUACACGGGAACAGGAAAUUUUGUAAAUUUAAUCCCGUUCGACUACCAUCAGAAUUCUUAUUUUCGAUCGUUGGCAGCAUGUUACGUCGCAACAUUUAAAUCCGGGAUUUCUGAAAACCAUUUGAAUAAUACCUUGUCCAAUUCACAUUUGAUCACGGCCAUCGUGAAAUUUCACGUACAUUAUCAGACGGAAAAAUUCAUGAAAAAUCCAAAAUUACUGGAUCAUUAUUUAAGCGAAGACGAUCUUUACGUCUUGAAAAAAUACAUGCCGACGACCGAAACGUGGGAACGUCGAACAUUAUCUUCACAUGCUAAUCUUGGAACGUGGUAUUAUGGAUUGCCUGCCGAUACGCGACAGAGAAUUCGAAACCAACAUUACGUUCGUACGCGGUACGGCGGAACAUAUAUCGUGUACGAAUACUUAACGAAAAGACUUCCGAAAAAUGUGACGGAAGAUUAUAAAAUAUUCAUUCCGAAAACAUCGCGUGGAUUGACGAAAAUCGGACAACGGUUAUUUCAACAGAGUCUCGAAGUUUACGUCUACGCCGUUCUUGGUGCGCAAGCGAAAACCCGAUGGAGUAUUACAGGACAAGGCGCAAAAAGUUUACAGACCCAAGACGUGUUUCGAAAAGUUUUGAGAGACAGUAUCGUUCAGAACGAUAUUACAACAAUCAUUCGCAACAUGCGUACGGCGAUCGCAGAUACAAACGUCGUGUUAAAUUUUGCAAUCAUGCCGGAUUCUCAUUCCGUCCGACAUGCGAAUUUUACAAAAACCAUUGAAAGGCUACAACAAUAUUUUAACGUUGGCUAAAAGCGGGAUGAGUUUUGGAAAAAAUGAUAAGGUGAAUUUUACAGAGACUCCUGUGAAAAAACCAACAAGUCCCGUGAAAAAUCCUGUAACAAGUCCUGUGAAAAAUCCUGCGAAACCGAUAAGUCCUGUGAAAAAUCCUGUGAAACCAACAAGUCCCGUGAAAAAUCCUGUGAAACCAACUAGUCCCGUAAAAAAUUCACAAAGUCCUUCCACUUUGGGAAUUGUGACCAUUGUUUCGAUGGGAGCAGCUUACUUUCUAUGGAAAUAA